AUGUGGAAAACAAGUUUGGCGAUUCUAGUAGCUUUGUUGGUAGCGCCACAGCAUGCCAAAGCCGAAUGCAAUGUCUGCAACACAAACAAUGGCGUCGCUUGCACCACGAACACCACAUUUCAGUUAUGUUUUAACGGUGUACCACAGGGAACGACGUGGUCUUGUCCCAACGAGGGUGAGGUGUGCACCUCGCUAGGCUCAAUUUGUGCAGAUGCCGAAAGCAAUUCUCUGAUUCAGGCUGCUUGCGGCAAUACCGAACAAUGCGGAAAUUGUGAAGCUGUCAACGAUGGCGCCUACUCUUGCACCAGUCACACCACAUUCACCAUGUGUUCAGCGGGCGAAGCAACCACUGUACAAGGCACCUGCCCCAGCGGUCAAGUUUGUCUCACAUCCAGAGCCAAUGAGGGUGUUAGUCCCUGCGUCAAUCAGUGUUUGCAGGACAUAGACGACAUGUGUGACUUGAGCUCAGAUUCCACAACGACAACGAGCUCUGUUACAGAGACGUCGUCGUCAACUGCCAGCACUGAUUCCACAACAACAACGAGCUCUGUUACAGAGACGUCGUCGUCAACUGCCAGCACUGAUUCAACAACGACAGCGAGCUCUGUUUCAGAGACGUCGUCGUCAACGGCCAGCACUGCGACGUCUUCCACCGUCGAGAAUACAGAGUGCGCGAGUAAGAGCUUGGUAGGGCGCUACCCUUAUCCAAAUGAUACAGUGUGUAAUAGCUACAUUUACUGCUACUACAGUGCCGCAGCUGGAACUUUACUCGGUCAAGCAAUGACUUGUCCCACUGGCAAAUACUUCAGCUCGGCUAUAAGAAACUGUCAAGCUGCAAAGCCUACUGACUGUGUUUAAAUUUAAGAGCCUUCGGAUGGCAAAUUAAUUUUUAGUGGAAAAGUGUGAUUAGUUUAAGAUAAUAAUUAUAAAAGCAAAUAAAUAUCCUCAGCCCAGUGGACCGAUAUUUUAAUGUUUACGGCUUUACAAACUUGAAUUCAACUUGUUACUCCAUUUACAUUUGCAUCAUACAUUUGUAUGCACUGUGAUUCACACAAGUGUUCGCAUCAUAAUUUCUUUAAAUAUUCACAAUG